GGGGGGGGAGAUAGUUUUGCCGUACAAACAUUUUUACAUUUGAAAAUGGAAUUGAAACAACUCAAAUCUAAGUGGAUCUUUGUCUUUUAGCAACCAUGCAGAUACUCCAUCUUGCAGCAGGCACACGCAGAGAGAUCAAUGUCACCCUUGACAAAUGCCCUCAGCGCUGGAUCAUGAAAGAGAAGUGUUCAGAUGAAAGAAGUGUUGCAAGAAUUUCAUGUUGGAAGAAUAAGAAUAAAAAUAAAAUCUCUUUAAAAGUCAGGGCCCUGCCACGGAAAUGUUCUGAGAAACAUGCCAAUAGAUGCACUUGCCUGAACGUUACAGUCAACAGUUUUGGUUUGUCCCAUGAGAUAAUUGAUGGUAUGUGCGCUGACCUUCCUCUGAAUCUCAGUAGCUAAAAAUUAAUUGUGUCAGACACAUAACUAAAAAACAAAUUUAGAAAUUCUCAGUAUCUGAUUUCAAAUUGAUUAUUUGAUAUGUAUACCUACAAUUAAUACUGAACUUAUUGAAGGAUUCUCAUUUUGUAGAUGUGAAGAAUGAAAAUGGGGAAUAUGUAAUAUGUAAGAAAUGUUGCAUGGAUCAAUGUCCCGCUACGUGUCGAGGUGCAACAUGUAAAAAGAGGCUACGACUUAAAGUGAAGAAGUCGGAUAUUUCAAGCAAUUCGACAAUAAAUCUCCAACUUUCAGGCACUUGCGAGCUGAGAGUCGAUGAUGAUGACAAUGAAACAGAAACAUCUCUGCUGAUUAACUAUGAAGCCAGAAGCUGGAUAAAAGCCUUGCAGCACUGCAAGGAUCUAAAUACCACUCUGGUCCAAAUCACCAAUGAUACGGUGGGGGAGGACGUGGUGAGUCUUUUAGAAGAAAGGCCAGAAUUACAGGACGGGGUCUGGAUCGGACUGGAGCGCUCCAUCUUCGGUACCGACACAGAGUGGAAGUGGACCUCCGGGAUCAGAGCUGAAUAUUCUGUUUGGAAGAGCAGCUCCUCUGUGGACCCGCUGAACAACCACUGUGGAAAGCUUGUCUGGCUUGAGGAGUCCCAACAAACCCAGCUGCUGGAUGGCGACUGCCACCAACGAUUACCUUUCCUCUGCCACGGUCUACCGUAAACUGUACGGAGCUCAGAAAACUCCGCCGAUGGAUCAUCUCUCGUUCAAAUCAUUUUAAACACUGAUCAUUCUUGUGAGAUUUAUCUUUUCAUAU